AUGCCCAGCAGCCAGGCGCGCGUCGUCGUCGUCGGCGGCGGCAUCAUCGGGACGUCGACGGCCUACCACCUCGCCAAGCGCGGCUGGGAGGACGUCGUGCUCCUCGAGCGCGACCGCCUGACGAGCGGCACGACGUGGCACGCCGCGGGGCUGAUGGUCACGUUCGGCAGCCUGAGCGCCACGUCCACGGAGUGGCGCAAGUACUCCAAGCGGCUCUACGCGGAAACGCUCGAAGCGGAGACGGGACUGGCGACGGGCUUCAAGGGCUGCGGCUUCAUCGAGCUCGCGACGGACGGCGACCGCCUCGAGGAGUACCGGCGCGUCGCGGCCUUCAACCGCAAGGAGGGCGUCGACGUCCAGGAGAUCUCCGCGGCGGAGGUCGAGCGCCUGUUUCCGCUCUGCCGCGUCGACGACGUUUUAGCGGGCUUCUACGUCGCCGACGACGGCCGCGUGAACCCCGUCGACGCCACGGCGGCGCUCGCCAAGGGCUUCAAAAACAUGGGCGGCACGGUCGUCGAGGGCGUCGCCGCCGAGGAUUUAAUUACCGAAGGACGCCGCGUCGCGGGCGUGGCGACGACGUGCGGCCACACCAUCAAAGCGGACUACGUCGUCAACUGCGGCGGCAUGUGGGCGCGCCAGUUCGCCGAGAGGCACGGCGUCUGCGUGCCGAACCAGGCCGCGGAGCACUACUACCUCGUCACGGAACCCAUGGCCGACGUCGACCCGGACUGGCCCGUCGUCGAGGACCCGAGUUCGCACACGUACAUCCGGCCCGAGGGCGGCGGUUUGAUGGUCGGCCUGUUCGAGCCCGAGGCGGCGGCGUGGAACGUCGGGCACAUCCCGCCGGACUUUAGCUUCGGCGAGAUCGAGCCGGACUGGGACCGCAUGGCGCCGUUUUUGGAGACGGCGUGCGGUCGCGUGCCCGCGGCCGGCGCCGCGGGCGUGCGCACCUUCUUCUGCGGGCCCGAGUCGUUUGCUCCCGAUCUCGCGCCCUUGAUCGGCGAGACGCCGGAGCUCUCGGGCUACUUUGUGGCCGCGGGCAUGAACAGCAUCGGCAUCCUGACGGGGCCCGGCGUCGGGCGGACCGUCGCGAACUGGGUCGUCGACGGCGUCCCGGACACGGACGUCUGCGGCGUGCACGUCGACCGCACGAAGGACUUCCAGCGCGCGCCGCUCUACCGCGCGCGGCGCGUCGAGGAGGCGCUCGGCGACGUCUACAAGUGCCACUACCCGUUCAAAGCGCCGAAAUCCGCGCGCGGCGCGCUCCGCCUGCCGCUCCACGAGAGGCACGUCGCCGCCGGCGCGACGUUCCGCGCCGUGUCGGGCUUCGAGGCGCCGGACUGGUUCGGCGCGCCGGACGCGUCGGACCUGGGCUGGGGCGAGCCCGCGUUCUUCGAAGCCUGGGCCGCGGAGCACGCGGCGGUCCGCGAGCGCGCGGGCCUCGUCGACAUGUCCUUCAUGUCCAAGUUCGCCGUGGCGGGGAGGGACGCGGAGCGGGUGCUGCAGCGCCUGAGCACGGCGGACGUGUCCGCGGGCAUCACCUACACGCAGUGGCUCCGCGACUCGACCGGCACUUUAGAAGCCGACCUCACGGUCACGCGGCUCCCGGCCCGCUGGGCCGACGCGACGGGCCUGGCGCCGCGCUUCGGGGACGCGGAUGCGGCGGACCCGUUCCUCGUCGUCGCCACGGACACGGCGCACCGCCACGUCGCCUUCGCGGACGUCACGGGCGGCCUCGCGCAGCUCGCGCUCCAGGGGCCGCGGUCGCGGGACAUCCUGCGGGCGGCCGUCUCCGGCGCGGACGACGGCGACGUCGUCGCCGGCCUGCCGUUCCGCGGCGUCGCGACGGUCACGGUCGGCUACUGCCCGCAGGUGCUGAUCGCGCGCAUCACCUACGUCGGCGAGCUCGGCUUCGAACUCUUCGUCCCCGCGGAGCACGCCGUCGACGUCUACGACGUGCUGACGGCGGCGGGCGCCGACUUUGGCCUCGCGCCCGCGGGGCUCAAGGCGCUCUCGGGGCUGCGAUUGGAGAAGGGCUACCGCGACUUCGGCCACGACGUCGACAACUGCGACACGCCCUACGACGUCGGGCUGGGCUUCACCUGCGACUUCUCCAAGGAGUUCAACGGCAGGGCCAAGUGCCUGGAGCACAAGGCCGCGCCGCGGCGCCGGCGGCUCGUGUCCGUCGCGCUCGACGACCCGGCGGCCUUCGCGCACCACGGCGAGGUCGUCUACCGCGACGGCGUCGUCGUCGGCGACGUGCGCGCGGCGUCCUACGGCCACGCCGUCGGCGGCGCCGUCGGGCUGGCCAUGGUCGCGCCCGGCGGCGGCGCGGCCGCGACGAAGAAGUGGAUCGACGGCGGCGACUGGGCCGUCGACGUCGCGGGGACGAUGGUCCCGGCGCGGGCGACCCUCGGGCCGCUCUACGACCCCAAGGGGCUGAAGAUUAAGGGGUGA